CAAUCAAAGUUUGCGGACGUGCCAGGGCGCCCACGUUUAGUGUUUUGUUGAAAUGUUUUACACAGUGUAAAAUAUAUUUACAUGUCUAGAAGGUGUGAAUCAAACAAUGUUUUAAAACUCUGCACUUCAGUUUACUGAGUGGGAACGCCCUUGGAGAAGUUGAAUCAUUUGAUGAUACCCUGGACAGCUCACCCCAGACACUCUACUGGAACCACAAGAGAUUUGUUAAUGUCAACGUAAAGAGAGCAAUUCGGAAUCAGCAUGGAAACUGAGUGAUGCGGGGGAUGUGGCUUUCAGUGUGUUGUUGAGAAGCUGCACACACCAGGCCGUGGUUUGUGAAGUCAGUUGAUGCUCUUGUUUCCUGUUCAACGCCAAAUACUCCAGCAGCCACCAGCUCUGAGCGAGAAAGUCGCAAGGUUUGGGUAGGGGCCUGAGUCUUUUUCUUAUUUUCUGAACGGGUAACGGACUCGGUGUGCAAGGAAGCUGUGACUCCCAAGGAUCCGGGAGCAAAGAUGUUGUGGACAUACAUUGGAAUGGUCCUAGCUGCAACCUUGCUCUUACAGGGUGUUGAAGCACAAACAAAUGAGCUGGUGGAAAUUAAGGGGAAUUCAGUUAUUUUAAAGUGCCCUAUGGAAAAACAAAUAAGUUGGUUUAAGAAGCAACUGACAGGCUUUGAAUCUAUAGAUGGUGCGUCAGGACAGCAGUACCAGAUAGACAACUUUGGUGACCACGACAAUGGCGAAUAUUAUUGUAGUAGUUCUAGCAUCAAUUACAACUUUUACAUUCGAGCCAAAGUUUGUGAUGACUGCAUUGAACUCGGCACAGGCAUGGUCAUUGGCAUCAUCUGUGGAGAUCUAGCUUUCACACUCGGGGUGGCUGGGCUGGUCUACUGGUUUGCCAAACGAAGAGGGCCAUCCGCCAAAGAUUUCCGAUCACUUAAUCCCGAUGACUUCCCACCAAGUCGCCCACCCAUGACUUCGGCACACCAAGCUGAAUAUGCGCCAAUCAAAGGUGGACAACGAGAGGUUUAUGACAAGUUGCAAAAACGUUAAUUGAGAAGACAAGGGAAGAACUGGAAUCUCCUUCUCUGUUCCUGUUGCUCUCUUCACCCUUCCUCAAUAUCUCUAUGCCUUCCUGCUCUGUCUUUCCUUCCCCCUUUCUUCCUUCUCAGCCACACUGUAAAUUCCCCCCACAUCCCCUCCCAACCAAAUCUCUCUCCAUUCUUUCGCCUUACUUUCUCACCGUUUUAUCCCAGCUCCUGGAUUUAAUUACCUGCUUUUCAGAGAUGUAUGUAUACGUAGUAGUAUUCACACUGCUUAUCUUUGUCAUUUCCCCUCUUGUUCCCAUUUUCCCACCAUUAUACUGUACACGCAGUUUUUACUAUUCUCCCAAUUUAAAGCAAUGAGCAGCCAUGACAACAGAUGCACAAUCACGUCACCAUCUCAUAUACUCUCCUUCCUUCAUUCCUGGGGUGCAUUACAGCCCCAUUAUGGUCUGCAUGACUGUCAAUACCAAGGGCCUCACCAAUGGUUGCACUCAACAAGUCAAAAUAAUGCACGGCUCCAUACCUCCACAGAUCUGCUGUUACAUUCUCUGUCGUGGGGGGGGUGGGGGGCAAAACACAGCUUCCCUAAAAAUACCCCAUCCCUGCCAACACUCCUGUCAAGUUCCUUGGGCCCUCCCCACAGCUUCAGAAUAUUAUGGUCUGGCGACUGGAGCUGAAUCCAAAACUCCACACAAGGCCUGACCAAUGUUUUGCAUUAUUUUUGUGCUCUGUGACUCUGUUUACUUGUAAAGGAUACCACUGCGUUUUCUGUUAAGCAGCUUUUUGUUGGAGAAAGAAUAAUGUGAUAUGAGACUAAGGAUAAUUGAGGUUUCUUUCCAAGACUGGUUUGGCUUGGCUAGAUCUCUUAGCGUCACUGCUUUCAACACAAGUUUAUCUCAUGCCUUGGCCAGGUUAGAAUCUCUGCCAUUUUCUACUUAGCCUUUUGAAAUGUACUCAGCUUGUUAAUGUAAUCUCAAAGCCUCUUAUUUAAUUGUGUUUCUCUAUAGUCUGACUAUCAAGUUAAAUACAUUGUUGCCAUUCUAUGUAUCAGUGACAGAGUUGCUAAUUGUUGUUUCCUCAAUGUUUUUUGGUUUUAAUAAAGAGAAACAAACAAAGCUGUA